AUGGGGCAUGCCUCCUGCGCGCUGGGAUGUUCUGACCAGCGAGGCUGCUCAACAUGGGGCCCAUCCAGACCGCAGAUUGUUGAAGUGGAGGUGCCAGAAAGUUCUUUGACUUCGAAGCCCCGGAAGCAAGCCGAGGCACAUUGUUUGGAGUCUUGGCACGGGGCAGCUACGGUCAGUCCAGCACCACUGGACGUGAAGCCCGUUUCUCACUUGGCACCGCUCCCGACACUGCAGCUGGACAUGCCAGCUGCUGUGGCAGCCGCUUUUUUGGAAAGUACUCGGGCCGAGGCGGAUGCCAAGUACCGCCGGAAGUUGGCGUGCAGAGCGGCGAGGGCGGAAGCUGCUGGUCAAGCCAAAGAGCUUCGAGGGGGCAGUGGUGUGGCAGCCUCGCGCGACGACAAGGCUGUGUCGCCAUCCCCUGCAAACCAGCAUCGAACUUUCAACAUGGAUGGGAAGUUUGUCGCCAGUGGUGCAAUCCGCCAACGUUUGCAAGAGAUGGAGGCAACUUCUCCCGGAUGCCCUGCGCCACGCAAGAGAUGA